AUGGAGGCCAACAAAAUCUACAAAUGGCAAUGUUAUCUGUUCCAUGAUGUGGACCUUCUACCGGAAGAUGACCGUAAUUUGCACACUUGUCCUACCAAUAAUCCACGGCAUAUGGCAGUAGCAGUGAAUAAAUUUGACUACAAGCUUCACUAUGAAGAGAUGUUUGGCAUGAGCUCGGCACUUACGUUGGAUCAGUUCAAGAGAACGAAUGGAUUUUCAAAUCGAUACUGGGGAUGGGGUGGCGAAGAUGACGACAUGUAUAGGAGGAUCGAAUUUGCUGGAUAUAAGGUAGAGCGGUACAACAACAUCAUUGCUCGUUACACCACGAUCAAACACCUACACGAGCCAAAGUCGAAUCCCACCAAUCCGUCAGUUGGUGCUUCAUUUUUGUAUCAAUCUGAUAUUCCUUGGAGGUGUCGACACAAGUUGCUAGAACAUACGAAAAAGGACUGGAGAAGUGACGGCUUGAACACAUUGGAAUUACAAAGUUGUUAA